ACUUCGACUUCAUACCAUCAGUCUACGCGCUUCGGCCUCGACUUCAAUCCAUCAAGGCACCUCCCAUUCUUAUCAAUCUUCCAUUCAAACUGUCGCUGUCAUCUCCUUCGAUGUCGCUCAUUUCAUUACCGUAAUUUUCGGCGUGUAUACCGCCCCACUGCCCGCUCGACGCGACCCUGCGUUUCCCACGCAUGGCGACCAGCAAUUCCCAGCUGCCCUGUGUCUCCAUCCGCUGCCGCGAAGGUCAUCAUGUCUAUCACGAACGGCCAGCCAGCCUGGCCACCCCCUGCGCAUCCUCAUCAUGCGGGCGUCAAUGGCAUUAGGGGCUCUGAUGAUGCCCCGGCCCGGUCUCUUGACUCGGCUGACAAUUCCGCGACUUUGAUGCCUGAGGCAUCAGAUAUUGAAGAAGAACGUCAUCGCGCGCAUUUUGCCGAAUUAUAUCGCCGCACCGAAUCGCGCAUUUCCCUUCUUUUCGGUGAUGACGGCUCCUGCAAAAAGGGUGCUAUCGAUUCGAUACGUCGUCCUCUCAAUCUCCCCGUAUCCCUCCCCCCUGCCACCGACCACACCCCCCUCGAAGAGCGCCCUGCAAAAAGGGUCAAGCGAGUCAUCAAUGAAGACGACUAUGGCGAUGACGAUGACGACGAUGACGAUGAAAGCACUGAGGAUACUUCGCGCCCUGGUCCCAUCAGUGUGUCGCCUCUCAAAUCCAAAUCCACUUCCGCAUCGAAAGGUCUCUUGUCGCCAUCCAAAUCAGGGAGCUCCCCUGUCCCAUCCAUAACAUCGCCUGGCAAGCUCAAAGAAGAAAACUCCCAAGUAUCACAGAUUCAAGCAAGCAACAUCGAAGAUGCGCGGAAGCAACUUGAGGAAGCUCGGAAAGACACUGAGGAAGCCGCAAAGCGCAGCUUUCACACCAUCAUCUAUACCCUCGAAACCGAUCACACAGCCAUGCGCGAACAGCAGCAGCUAGAAGAAUCCGAGAAGGCCCUCCAAGCUGAGAUGGAUAAGAACAAUCACAGCCAUACAAGCGGAAAUGCGCCGGGCGAAAAUCACGGCUCACUUAGUAGCGCGAAUCUAGGCGCAUCGAGCCUCACACUUAAGCACCUCAUCGCGCGUAUAGAUAUGAAGCGCGACAUGGUUGCCGCUUCCGACGCCGAGCUACGCUCAUUGAUGAACGAAGUGCGCAAAAACCGGAGCAAGUGGGCCAGCGAAGAAAAUGUCAACCAGGAGGAACUCUAUGAAGCAUUGGAGAAGGUGUUGACUGAGCUUAAAGCCCACACCGAGUAUUCCACACCAUUCUUGCAACGGGUUAAUAAGCGAGACGCUCCUGACUAUUACAAUUUUAUCAAGCAGCCUAUGGACCUCGGUUCCAUGACGAAGAAGCUGAAAUCAUUAAAUUACAAAUCGAAGACAGAUUUUGUCACUGACCUCAACCUUAUAUGGGAUAACUGUCUGCGAUACAAUCAGGACAUGAACCACCCGCUCAGAAGAAUGGCCAACGGCAUGCGAAGAGAAGCCGAGAAGCUCAUUCCUUUAAUACCCGACCUGGUUAUCCGACCUCGCGCUGAAGUCGAAGCAGAAGAACGACGGAAGCAGAAUGGUGGUGACGAUGAUGGCGGUGAUGAUUCGGACGACGAGCCGAUAAUGUCGUCUCGUGGCCGCGUCGCCGGCGGAGCCAAAGGCACCAAAUCAAGGAAGGCACCUAACGACCAGAAGGAAGGGACGCCGAAUAAUGAUCAAAAGCCUGUUCUACAGCUCAAUGGACUGCUCGCGAAGGCAAACCGUGAGGGCUCCGAGCUCGACGGUAGCAACGGCUUUGGUACACCACCGGUAGGUGGUUCCAUGACUCCCAGUGGUCUUAACGGACACUCUGGCAUGGGAAGCAACGUUGAUGCUAUGGACCUGGAUGUUCCAUCAAUAAAUGGAAUGGCACUUGGCCAAGCUUUAAGCGAUGCGGCGCAACAAGUGUAUGAAGACGAGGAGUACAAAAUCUGGAAGCAAGUCACCAAGAAAGACCGCGCUCUCAUCACCAAACAACGUUUUGAACUCUUCGAUGGCAAGAAGCUGAACAUUGAGGAGCCUGCUCUAUUGAGAACCAAAGCUGGUAUGCGCCGAUAUCUUCGCAGCCUCCAACAAGCAGAUGCAAGUGGUGUUAUCGGGCAUGCGCAAGGCGACGUAUCUACAGAAGCCGGCAAUGAAGCAACAAAGGCGCCGGAGACAUUGGCUGAAGGCAUGGAAGAAGAUGAAGAAAAGGUUAUCCCAGACUACUAUGAGCCUCAGACAUUUGUACCGGAUAUCCCAGCCAAGCUACAGUGGAUCGAGGAUAACGAGGGUCAAGUUAUCAACCAGCAUGAAGAAUUCCUCCGCACGUUACCUCCGGGUUAUUUUACAGCCCCCAAGGGCCUCUUAGCUCAAAAGAUAGACGCCAAUCUCCGACAAAUGCAAGAAACCAGGAAAGUCUGUUCAAAAAUAGGGGUCAUCAAACAGAUGCAGCUCCAGACACAGGUGUACGCCAACCAAUUCCCCAAGUACAACCCCGACCCCUUUUGCGAGGCUGAUAUCGAACCACAUGUGACGUGUGGCGAUGACCUGGUGAUGGCGCCGGAAGUGUGCCGUGCAGCAUUACAAAGAUCGGUUGCAAAGCUGUUCUACCACGCCGGUUUCGAGGAGUACCAGCCAUCUGCAUUAGAUACCAUUACCGACAUUGCAGCCGACUAUUUUGGCAAGGUAGUGCAAACAUUCAAGACCUACACUGAAUGUGAGAAGACAGAUUCAAUGUCAACUAACGAAAAUACUAUAUCUGUUCUCCAACCUCGGUAUAGUAACGAGCAAGCCAUACUUCAUACCCUGGCGGAAAAUGGCUAUUCGAUCGAAGCCUUGGAGAGUUAUGCCAAAGAUGAGGUGGAUCGACUAGGUAAUAAACUAAGCGGAAUUCAUGAGCGGAUGAAGACACAUUUAAGCGAUCUACUUCGCCCCGCUGUCACCGAAGGUAGCAGCAGUGAUGGGGCUGCCGCUUUCAAUGACGGUAGUGAACAAUUUGUCGGAGGAGACUUCGCGGAAGAGCUCGGCGAAGAUUUCUUUGGCUUCAAAGAACUCGGUCUAGCGGGCGAGCUGGGUGGGGUGCUGUCUGUCCCUCUGCACCUACUUCAAUCGAGAGUGAGGAACCAAUACCAGGCGCAAAGUCAGGCACAAGGCCCAACUGAUGCCGUGCUUUUUGAAGAGCUGCCACCUCCGGAACCCGUUACCAAGGAGAAUAUUCAAGAACAAAUUGGUCUGGUUAAGAACUUCUUCCUCGCGAAACUACACGCUAAUGGCGACCUACCGUUGGUGGAAGAUAAAGACCUACCUGUGAAGCAGAGGCGACCUCAGCCUCGACUUGGUGCUACGGGCAAGAUUGUAUCUCCACAGAAGCGACCGCCCAAAGAACAAAACGCCAUUAACAAGAAGAAGAAGAAACUAGAGCAACAAGCCGCCGAAGCGAAAAAAGUCAAGUUAGAAGCCGAAAAAGCUGCCACAUUGAAGAAGACUAUCCUCCCUCCGAAUGGGUCCACAUCAAGAGCCAUAUCUGUGGCUGUCCCACCGCCUAUGGAGCGUAUGGAGAGCACCCAAAGUCAGGGAAAUAAUAGCCCAACAGAUAAAGAUGAUACUGGUAUUCCUAUGAGCCCUGAAAGUAUCGAGCGGUAGCUUCUUCAUCAUAUCCUCCACACAAUCCUUUUCCGUAUUUUAUCUUUUAACGAGUGGCAGUUUUGUCAUUUCUACUAUCAUAUCUUCAUUAAGUUUAUACCCAUUUGGUGGGAGUUUGUCUUAGAAUGGCAUGGAUGGUUCAGGUUGGUCCCUAGGCGUUUUUGGCUCUACCCCUUAUUGCAUUGAGCUUCAUUUGGCAUGAAGACGCACGCUGUCAUGAGCGCUUAGCUCCAAGAACUUAACAUGACAUCUGGCCAGCGUCGAGCUGGAAUUUGGUCUUUCAGAUAACUUGCAUAUACUAGAGGGUAGCGGAUUGGACGGUGAUGACGAAGAUGGUUCUUAUUGGACGUUUUGAUGAUGAAAACAUAGCCAAACCAACAAACUACUAUGGGGCUAGCAAUGCCAUGUAUGUAGUAGCCCUCUUACUUGAUUGACGUAGCCGAGAUCAUGCUUUGCCUAGCAGAUUUAUGGAUAUAGUCCGGUUCUCUUGCAACGCUUCCCUGUGUCCUAUUUGCGUGACUUGUGCAUUUAUUGCAUAACAUUGACCUGAAAUUGGCAGCAAGAGUCUACGGAUGUAGCCACUCAU